AUGACGGUGACGGUGACGCCGUCGACUUCCGACGUCGCCGACAAGGCGGUGUCGACGGACGACGGCGGCAGCGGCGGCAUGGAGGUGGCGCGUCUCGAGGCCGUCCUCGCCGCCCUGGUGGAGACGAAGGUGGAGGCGAUGAAGGCGUCGUCGACGCUCAGCCGGCGAUCCGGCAGCGCGCCCGCCAGUCCGCGUCGACCUAGAUUGACCUCGACCUCGACGCAGCAGCAGCAGCAGCACAAUAAGAAGGGUCAGCAUCAUCAGCACCACCGCCAUCGUCGCAGACGUCACGACUCCGCGCCCUGCGGAAGUGACUACCUCAACAACGCGACGGAUCAUUCUCAACACAAGUUGUCUAACGGAAGGGGACGGAGAAGAGCCUCCGAAAGUCCUCGAAGCCCUCGAAAGAAGCGCAGGCAUUCGAGGAGCCCAAAUAUUCUUCAAGGCGUCGUCCAAGACGUUCACGCCGGCCUCGAUUCGCGCUUCGAGCUGCUCGGCAUUGACGGCGACCAAGACGUGGCGCUAAUAAAUUUCGAAAGGGCUAAAGAAGUCCUCGGCGACUCCUGCGAAUAUCCGCGGCUGCACCGAAGUGCCUGCUACUUUUCUCAAAGCGCAGCUCAAUUAAAAAUUCAUUACGACGACGACGACUACGUGGCGUUGAACGUAGCCGACGAGCUGGAGGAGGAGGAGACUCUAAGCGGGCCGGAGAAGGUGGACGAGUCUCAGGGAAGGUAUCACCGACCACGAAGAAAGCGCAAACGUAAACGACGCAAGAUCGAGCCCGUCGAUCAUCCGGACGAGGAACUCGUCGAUCCGGAGGAGCUGCCGCCUCGCGCACGCUGGACGAUCGUCGCGACCGCUUGUCUUCUGCUCGCCAUGUCCUUGCUCCUGGUCGGUGUUACGCUACGAAUGGCGCCUAUAAUUGACGACAUGGGUGAGUCGAUUGCUACGACAAAUCUCGCGUCUCUGAUCAAACGAGAAUCGAGCGUUGCGCGUUCGUCGCAUUUAGGCCCGUCGUUUAACUUUGAGCUUAGCUCAAUUCGUUGUCUCUUUCCACCUGUUUACUUCAGAAAGAGAUAAACACGAUUUAAACUAUAAGGAUUAAAGCUAAGAGACGUUCGGCGAAACCGGGACUCAAUAAUAUAUUUUU